GAUUUAGUGAGUGGUGUGGGUUACACCAGAUUUAUGUUUUGUGUCCCCAGUAAGGUGUGUUGGAAAAAUCUUUCAUUAAACGGAGUAUAACUACAAGUUAAUAUUCCGACGGAAUUAAUUUGAAUUAUUCUUCUUUUGAUUUAUUGAGUUCUAUAAUAAAUCAUCAUGAGUUCCGAAAAGACCGAACGUACUCCGUUGUCGAAACAACUUGAAUACUUUGAAGUAUACAUCAGAUUCAAUGAUGAUAUGGAGAAGGAUUAUUGUUUCCAAAUCAAGACUACUAAAACUUUUAAAGAUUUAUAUAAGAUCUUUGAUACUUUACCAAUUGCAUUAAGACCUUCGGUAUUCUAUGAUGCUAAACCAAUUGGUUGGAGUAUUAGUACUAGUCCUGGUUAUUUAACUGAAGAUGGAAAUUUCCUUUUUGAUUAUGAUGCUAAUAAACAUAGUAAACAUGUUACCGAUAUAAAUGAAAAAGUUAGUGAUAAGGUUUGGCCAGGUCAAUUAUUAUUACCUGAAUGGCAAUUUAACUAUUUUAAUUUUUAUGCAUUUUUAACAUUUUUACUUGUAUGGUUAUAUACUGAUUUACCUGAUUUUAUAAGUCCUACCCCAGGUAUUUGUUUAACAAAUCAAAUGACAAGAUUAUUAAGUAAGGUUGCACUUUAUUUUAAUCAAAAGAAAUUAUCUCAAAUGUUAAUUGAAGAUAUUGAUGAUCCAGUAGCUAUUGCUGGUCAAGUUAUCUUUUUCAGUAUUCAUAUUAUUAAGUGUUUGGUUAUAUUCGGUUUAUUAUAUACCGGUGCUUUUAAUCCAAUUAAAUUGAUUAGGCUUGGUGCUAGAAAUAUUAAAUUAGAAGUUAGUAAGGAAGAAUUAAUUGAAUUGGGUUGGACCGGUACAAGAAAAGCUACUCCUGAUGAAUAUAGAGAGUAUUAUCGUGAAUAUAAGAUUAAAGAACAUGGAGGAAUGAUUGCUGCUCAUAAAGCUGGUGUAUUUGAAAGUUUAAAGAAUUUAGGUUGUCUUUUAGAAGAUGGUGAAGGUUAUAGUACUCCAAUUGAUACUGAAGUGACUUUUGAUGAUUUAUUAAAAGAAGUUAAUACUGAUGAAAAUGAAGAUGAAGGAGAAAUUCUUCAUGACUUUAAAUUAACUUUAAGUUAUGAAUAUUUCGGUCAAUUAGAUACACAUUUUGCUAAGUUCAUUGAAGAUAAAGAAGGUGCUGAAUUAACGGAACAAAUUAAAUUAUACAGAAGAUAUGGUUGGUUAUUCUCCAAUGAUGUCGUCAAGAAUAUUGUUAAUAAGAGAAAGCAACUUACUUUGAUUAGAAAAUUGGAAUCUGAUAAGAAGAAGGAUUAAACAAACUUUUUGUUAUCCACUUGUACUUGUCCUUUUACUUCAUCUUUUGUUUAAGUUUGUUUUCAAUUCAGUUCAAUUCAAUUCAAACUUUUUUAUUUGCUUUUCCCAUCAUAGAUUAAUAACUAAUAAUGACCAUAUGACUGAUUCAUGUCGUUGAUUCCUUUUAUUUUACAAAUACUACGUAUAUAUUUAAAAACAUAACCCAAUAACGAAAUCCCAAAAAUAUACAAAUAUAGCUAAUUUUAAGUUUCUGUUUAAGCUAUUAGAAUUAUUUGAACUCUGAAUAAAAUAUCAAUUAAAUGAUUUGGUUAGAUCGUUAAAUAUUAGUGUGACAAAGGCAUUUGUGAGAUGAACAUUGC